AUGGGUCCCACAGUUUUGGAGUCUAUAUUAUUGGAGUCGAAGGAACAACAUCAGUGUCAUCCUAUUUCAACCAAGGAGCCACCAUUGUUAGAAGAAGUGGAAGAAAAAAAGCUGGUUGAGAUUGAGAGUAUUGAAGUAGAAAACAAUGGGUCCCAUUCCGAUUUCAAAAGUGAACAAAAAACCGGAAAAGAUGCUCAUAUUGACUUACACGAGAUCGGAAUGGAAUUGUGUUCCAAAGCUUUGGAAGAAACCGUAACAAGUGAAGAAGCUCAAACUCUAUUCGACAAAGCGGAUUCAAAGUUCCAAGAAGUGGUGGCUUCAAAGUUCCAAGAAGAUGCUCUGCUGUAA